CGAGCUCGUCUUCAGGUGGGGGAGAACGAGGACGUCAUCAAGGAAGCAAGAAAGCCGUGACGACAUCAAAGUCGAGUUCGUCGUCUUCAGGUGCAGCUAAACAAGGUGGUAGCGACGCUGCUGAUGGUGAAGAUUCCAAGAAAAGAGACGAGUCUGCUCCUGAAGUCGAGGCAUCUUCGUCUUCGAAUAUCGCGUCUUCGAAUAGUGCUGACAAUGAUGAACACGACAAUGACCACAUAGAAGUACUAUUUACUUCUUAAGGGUAGGUUACAGGUGCUUUUCUUACCGCUUUUUAUGCCUCUCUUUUAAGGGAGAAAGGCAUAAAAUAGAAGCGGGGUAAGCAAGCACCAACAACCUACCUCUAAACUUCGAAGAAUAAAGGAAAACGCACGAGCACGACUUCUAUCUGCGACGACAGCGAUGACUCAGAUGAUCGUUCGCUUUCCGAGUCUGGUAUGAGAAUGGGCGAAGAAUCCGACGAUGGUACGGCUUCGGAGGACCGGCUCGCUUCUGAAGAUGAGGACGAUGAGGAUAAUAACGCGAAGAAAGCCCAGAAGUUGCAACACGGCAGCCGUGCUGGUCGCAAACAACAGCCAGAAGAAGACGGGGAAUCCGAUGACGACCGACCUGCCAAGAGGCGCAAAAUGGCGCAUAAGAUUAGGGGUUGAAAGUUGACCUAUCAUCUAAGAGCAUCUCUAUUGCUUCUUCAAGUGUAGGAAAGCCAUAGAUAUGCGAGCUAGAGACGACAACUCUCGACCUCUAAGAAAAAAGGAGCUUAUGUUGACCCUUUUGCAAGUAGAGCAGCUGCGCAAAAGCCGACGAAGGGGAGGCCACGAGGGCGACCAAAGAAAGCUGUGCUUCCUCCUCCAACUACUUUACAACAAGAACGUUCAGGAGGUGGAAAACUUGAAUCUGGAGACGCACAUGGACGAGAAACAGCGAAGGAAGGAGAUGCACUUUCGGAAUUCGCGCACCUCAUUAGUUACGGCAAUUUUUCAUAUUGCAACUGUUAUCCUAGUCCUACGAGGAGUCUUAUCAUCGCAGAAAACAUCAUUCUCUCUAAAGUUGCUUCUGACAGAAGAUAGAGCUGACCAAGUUGAUGAUGAGCUUAAGAAUGAGCAGGAGAUUAUCGUAGAGAUAAUGAAUCAACACUAAUGAGUUGUGCUUCUACUGAGCAGUUGAACUUGAAGGACUGAUCACGCGGCGUGGUAAACAAAAAUAUAUAAGUACAUGCCCAGAACUGAUUUCCUUAAGGAAGCUCCUUAAGGAAGCUCCUUAAGGAAGCUCCUUAAGGGAGCCCCUUAAGAGAUUUCUGGCAAUUGCUAAUACUAUAAAUACUAAUAUUCUAAGUUAAUAGAAAACUCAGGGGGUACUUGCCACCUUUCUUCAAUAGUACAACAUUCUAAGGUACAAGGCCGACGAGGCGGAAACAAGGGAAGAUUUCUCAUAACCAGAAGCUCCAAGAAGCCGCACAGCGAGAAGAGGAGGUGAAUGAGGAGAAACGGCGCAAGGCAGAGGAGCAACGACGAGAAGCAGCCGAGUCUCUCUCUUCGAACGCAGUUGCAGCGGAGAGCCGCAGGAAUCCUUUCAAGGACAAGCGGGGGGAGCUGAAACGCUAUCUGCGUGCUACCUGCGGCACCAUCGUGAUCAAGCGUAGUCUGACGUCCCCCGCAGCAAAUGCAGCAAAUGCCUCUAGCGAGUUCGUGCCUCUAGGUCGGACAAAGGUGAAGUACGCAGACCCGAAUGAGGAGCAUGCCGUGAUCUUUGGUCCCGGGAGUUUCGACAAUCGCCAGACGAGACCGAUCAGUCGCGCGCAAUUAGACGCCUUAUCUAAGUUCCAGCGGCAUCUCCAUUUUUCCUCAUCCAGUGGCGAAGAUGUGUUUCCGGAACCUGCAGAGUGCAUGUUUUUCCGCGGUCUGCAGUCUCCAUUUGACGCUGUAUUGCGACAGCCUUUUCUUGGGUAUCCGAAUGCAGCGAAACGUCUUCAGCGCAGAGGACAACACGGACAGGAUCCCCUUUUAACAGACGUCGUCGAGUCAGCGACCAACAUCAACCCUUUAUCUUCAGUACUAGCAGGUCCAUCAACACUAGCUGGUGCGCUGUCGCCACCACGGGUAGCAUCAAUCGAGACGCGUAGGUCUUUAGGAGGUAGACCACUAGGAGAAAAUCCAAUCGAUUUGAAGGAUCCUCUGAUUGAACGCCAGAUCAGUCUGCAUCCUAGCAACAGUGGAGCGGACUUCGAUUUCGAGACAACAUAGUCUCGACAAGAUCAUAUACCUGCCCGAUUGACUGCACUACCUCUUAUAAUUCUCACGGAAAACUAACACUGCGUCCUUCUAAAGUCACGAUCCAGUGCCAAUGUAUUGUAACAAGGAUAUUUAGAUACGUUUCUUCUCUUUCUGAUCGGCAUGAUAUUCUGACCAAAGCGUCUCACGUUGAUCUAGAGAUGCGCAUCUUCACGCGAUGACGAGCAUGUGAUCCUUAGCCUAUGCCUACCUCCCUUCUGCAACUGCACAAUGUCUCAGAAGAAGAAUGUCGGAGAAGAAGCUGGUUUAAUAGGUGGUAAUUUUGAGUCAGCGCCUGAUAACACAAGGAAGCACAACACGACUUCUUCGAUCUUUGCAUCUCCG